CGAACGAAGUGAGCGGUGAAUAAAACGUUAUGGUGUUUACCUUCUGAUUAUGGAAUUUUCUUAAAUAAUUACUCAAAACAACUCAGCAUAUAAUCUUAGUCAGAUUGUGCAAGUUAUAAGUUUUAAUGCAAUUUUUGAUGCAUAUGAAAAGUAUUUCGAAAUCAGAGAUAGAGUACAGGCAAUCAGCGGAGUUUAUUUCCCUUUUUAUUAAUAAUGCUGCGUUUUAUUGCCAUUCUAUCCUGGUGAAUAACUCUUUUAGAAUUUAAAAUAAAUAUAUUGAGAAAUAGAAUCUGACAUCUGAGUCUAUGACUAUAAAACUCAUUCUUUUCGCAAGCUAUUUCGGCAAAUGUUAGAUAUUUUCUGCUAUGAGUGAUCAGAAACAGAUAUUUUGGAGAUGAAUAAAGAAAGUGAAAGAUUGUGUCGCACAUCGAAAUAGCGUUUAACGAAUUUUGAAGAAAUCACUUGUAUAAGAAGGUGUUGCUAAUGCAUCAUAAAACAACAAUAGAACUUUUAUAAAAAGAAUCUGAAAAUAAUAUUGUUACAAUAAAAUUUAGAAAAUAGUCCAGAAAAGCAUUGUGGAGACUGCAUUUGCUAAACACAUUGAAGGUGAAUCUACAAAUAUUUGAUACAAGAAAUAAAAGGCGUACGAUAGUUUCGGAUCAGAACUAAACAAAAUGAAUCUGUCUAUUCGACUUUCUCUAUUUAGCUUUGUGGCUUUCAUCAUGCAAAUUAAAUUUGGUGUGGCACAAGUUGCAACUCCAUGGGGGAGUACGCAGCUAGCAGAAGGUUUUAUUACUAAUUUUCUAAGAAUCAUUGCACGUAGUGGUGCAUUCUCUCCUAACCAAUUAGAUGAGAUGUCCUCUAUCCCAAAAACACUGAUAGAAGCAAUGGAAAAAUUUAGUAGCAGUAAUACAAGUUCAAAAAUAAAAUUCCAAGCUCUAAAUAUGGUAUUUGCUUCUGCAAUGGCCGAAAUAACUGCCGAAGGAGGAAGUGCGAAUAUAGAAUUAAAAGUUGGUGCGAUUGAAAAUGCUCUCAAUUUCGCAUAUAAAGAGACAAUGGGUGUAGUAAAUGCACAAUUUGUCAAUGAUAUCAAAAGCUUAAUAUAUACCUUAGCUCACACGACAGCAAAUGGAGUAUCAACUGCAUCAUUUGCAAAAGUAGAAAAUUAUGGACAAGAUUCAUUAAAACAACAGGAAACUUAUACUUCAGACAAAAUAAUCAGAAUAAAUGACUCUAUUCUACAACGAGAAACUAGACCAGAACUGGAACUGUCAAACUUAGAAUCUUCUCUGACACCAAACGUACCAGGUGGUUACGUUUCUACAUCGCCCUUUAUGGCAAGGCUACAAAGACCAUCACUUCAAAACCCAUAUGGGCAACAAAUUAGAGGAUCACCAGUAACUUUAAACACAAAAAGGAAUUUGCAAGGUCCUCCAGGCUUUGAGCCACAGGAAUCAUCUCCACCUGGUAUUACGUCUGUUCAGGAUCAAAAAGGACUAGGUGGCUAUAGAGAAAGGCCAGCUACGUCAACUGCCACUGAUAGGAAUCUAACAUCAGCAGGACCUCUAUCAUCUAGAUUUGAAGUGAAUGGACUCGUACAACAGGGGCGUGGUGACUACAAACACAUAAAAGAAGAGCAAAGCAAUCAAACGAAAUCUAGAACUAUAGAUCAAGAAUCUGGUAAUGACGGACUGAUAGCAUCUAGAAACUACGGAGUAGGAAAACUUGCUGUAGGAUUGCAAGGAAUAUCAGAGCUGGAAGGCAAAAGAUCAGAAAUUCAACAGCCUUCUAAAACUGGAGGUCAAGAAUCUGAUGGGAAGAAAACAGCUGCCUUAUUUGCAAUAGAUAAAGCUGAGCCAACUAGAGAUUCGAAAGGACUAAUAGAACAUGGAUCUUUAGGUUCCAGAGAAUACCAGCAAAAUGACUUACAAUCAUUUGUGGCAGUAAAUCAAAAAUCUGAAGGUUAUGAACCUAAUUAUGGAUUGGAUGCGGCUAUUUCAGUUUCAGAUAGAGUACGUAGUUUCAAAUCAGUUCCGAAUAGAAGGAAACCACAAGACAGUCAAGGACCAACUAGAAAAGAUACUGAAGGAUUUAAUGGCUAUGGACCAAGAGUAGUUGCUACCGUAGUAACCGAUAAUUACGAAUCAAGUACUGGAUCAAGAAGAUCUAGACCAGAAGAACCAGAUGUUCAAGGACAAUUUAGAAAAGAAAAUCAGUAUGAAAAAGAAAUACAAGGGCAAGUGCCAUCAAGACAAAUGUAUGAUAUUCGAGAACCAUAUGAGACUGAAUAUCAAGAGACAAAUCGUUUGGAAGGUCAAAUAUCUGAUGUUAAUCUACCAGUGACAGCAGGGAAGUAUGAAUCAAGUGGUGGAGCAUCUCCAUUUGAACAAGGAUUAAAUAUUCGAAAAACAUCUAAGGUUGGAAAUUUAACGACAAAUUCUGGCCUUAAUGAUGGUGAACAUAAAACGGCUGCUACAGUUUCCACAGAAGUUGGGUACGAAUCAACCAAUGAUACGGAAGGACUGCAAGGAUUAGUCAGUAAUGGAUCCACAUCAGAAUUGCUUAAGAGCUAUGCAUCAGAAUUCGCGGCAGCUGUGAGCGGAUUGAAUACAGAGAGACCAAUAAGAGCAUCUAGAAUUUCAAAUUCUGAUGACAAUUCUGAAAUUUCAUCGAUUGCAUCAUCUUUGGUACCUGGUAUUGCUAUUAAAUCACCUGCAGUCGCGAAUAGCUCUGCACAGCAAGUUAGUAUAGCUAAUCAAAGUUUGUCUAAUUGUAACGCCCUUAUUCAAACAUUGCUGGACAUUAUAUCCGCCCUUGUGAAUCUCCUUGGAUCAUGCAAUAUCAGGCAGUUUAAUGAUGUUGCUUCUAUUCUUCGAUGAUUGGUCAGUCUGUAACUAAAACCAUUAGCUAAUUCUUUUCAAAAUAUAGUUGGUGAAAUGCUAUGUGCCACAUACUUCAAUAAAUAUUAUCUGUCUAAAUA